AUGAAGCUUCUCUCGACUAUACUGACCCUGUCAUCGAUCACAUAUGCUCUUGCCUUUGACCUAGCUCUGGCAGCUGCUGUCGAGGACAAGGGUCGUACGAUACCGACGAUAACAAAAACAUUCUAUCAUACAGAAGUACGACGACUGCACUCGAGCUACCAUAGUGAUAUCGGUAGGAUCAAGAGUGCGAUCUCCAACGAAUCCACCAGUUCUUUCAUCGAGCGGGUCUCUGAGCGUGAGCAUUAUCGCUCAGCCUCAUCUAUAUCAACAGCAUACCUCAGGCGCGAAACCUUAAGCGGAGAGAAGCCCAGGGUCUCCCAAGUAUCUGUGACUGGCGAGUCUGUCAUCUCCAAUACGCGCAAAGAUCGACCCGCAUCUUUGAAUGACGCCACCAAGCACGAUCAGACCCUGGAUUACGAAUUCCACACCGUCGAUAAGCGAAACACCAACAUCUAUAAUCUCAGAGUUGACCUUGCGCCUGAAGGUUAUAUUUCAGUGUACAUGUCCAACAGUACAGCAUACGAAUUCUGCGAAAACGAAGUAGAGCAAGACCCUGACGAUUCCCCAAAGGCACGCGAACUCCAUGUUGCUGUUCUAGAUGCUACGAAAACGGUCGCUAUACCGGUUCAUGGAGAGGCAGCUGCUAGUUUCUGCCUCGAGUUCAGGAAAGUAGAGGAUACAGAUGACUCGAAAAAUAGCAAAGCAACUGCGGGUUCAACAAAAGCAGCCUCGUCGACAAAGGAAAAGACGAUAAAGGUUUCGAUUACUAAGGAAACGUUGAGGAGCACAUCAAAUUUGUCCAAACAUACGUCUUCCCAGGCAUCAGCUUCAGAAACUGACUCUGACACAUCCUCCGCAACAAAGACUCAAAGCUCACAUAAUGACGAAACUAGCGAUAGUUUAGAGACAUCCAAGUCUAGAAGGAGAUCGUCUACUCCAGCGACAUCUUCAGACACUGAGUCCAUCAUACCAGCAUCAGCAACCGAAGUACUCAGCAAGUCCAGGACAAAGUCCUCCGCAAGCGAAUCCGACGAAGAUACACUAGAAACACCCUUAUCACUACACACUCCCACGAGAACGGAAUCUAUGAUCCCUGAUGUCUCUGACCCAGAAACGAGCACCUUUCAACCCCCCAAGACCAAAUCCAAAACCUCCUCGACCAAGGAGCCCGAAGAUACCUCAGCGGAUCCAGAACUCUCCCCAUCGCCAAAAGCCACACCCCUCGCCCUUCCUACCAGCACAAUACAGACCAGCAGCAAACAAGACGUCUUCACCAUAUCAAGCAUGAACACACGGUACCCCUACAUCAGCGAAUACAUCAAGACCGCCGAGGACACCGCAUCGACAGCAGAUAGUAUGGAGCAUGAUCCCAUCAUGACCGCCACCUCUGCGAACGGAGCUGUGAGGUUAGGGAGGCGGGGUGCUGCGUCCAUAGCGAUGAAGCAGGCUGGUGGUGCUAGAUGUGUAGCUGAAUCGACGCGGGAGGGGAGUAUGCAGUAUACGUCUGAUUAUAGCUGGAUGGGGACUACGGGUACUGUUUCGACUGCUUGGCUAUACAACUCUGGUAUGGCUUCUGCGACGGCGUCGAGGAACGCGGGGGUGAGGCGGUUUGGAUCGCCGUUUGUGUGGUGGCGUCGAGAUGGUCGGGAGUGGUUGACGGAUGGGUUUAAUGCAAGGAUAGGGAGGAGGGGGUUGGCUGAGGAUGCUGGGCAGGAAAAGAAAGGGUUUUUCGAUAUCGCUAUUGAUGAUGAGGGGGAUGGAGGGGUUAUGAAAUCUCCCAGGGUCAGUACGGAGGUGAAAAGAACGGAGGGUGCAGUUGUUGCUACGAACUUGGUGGGUAAACAGCAGGGCGGUGGUGGCGGGGACGAAGAUGGCCUUGUGGAAGACGGAAGUAGUGAAAAGGGAGAAGAAGCUGAGCUGGAAGAGGAGAUGGUGGUUGGCGAAGAGGCUGAGGCUGAUGAGGUGGUAGAUGGAGACGGGGGUGGAAGCAAGGAGCCUACGUCUACGGAUGAGGAAGAUACCGCACCGACUACGAGCGUAUCUGCAGACGCCAACGAAGAACCUACGUCCACGAAGAAGAAACACACAGAAGACGAGGAAGCCACACCUACUAACGACGCGAACCAAGACACUUCGACCAAGGACGACGACGACGACGCUCCAGCCGACGACGAUGCCGACCAGCCCGACAACGACACAUCGACAAUUUCCUCCAAGAAUCUCAAGUCCACAAUUCCGUCCACUACAUCCGCACACCCCACAGCGAAACCCAAAUCCGACUCCCUAAACACAACAUCUCCCAUCCCAUCCCUACCUCCAGGCAUAUCCUUCAUCUUUCCCCCCGCCAUCCCUCAAGCAACAGCACCACUCCCCACACCCCCUCCCGCACCAACAGGAACAGGUAAGCAUCUGAACCCCACCAUGCGCGAAGUAUAUAACUAA